CACGAAUCGAGUUUAAUUAGCCGAUUAUAGUUGAUCAAUUGAAUUAUCACUUGAACGAUAAAGUUUGACUGGGUCCGACUUUUCUUGAUCGACUAAAAAGUUUAUCAACUCCAUUGAAACAAGGCCUCUUCCUAUAGAUUUCAUUCAACUUUUGUUGAUUAACUAUAAUCGGUCAAUUAAACUUGAUUCGUGAGAACGGGCCUUAGAAAAUCAACUUGAUAAUAGAUAAUUAGCUUGAUAACAUGCACACCUACCUAUUAUUUAUUAUUUUAACGAGAAGAUAAUAGUAUGAACUUUUUUUCUCAGAAAUAUCUUCUAUAGACUAUAGUGAUAAAAUAUGUAUUAUUAAUGUAUAUAAUCAAAUCGAGUACUUACAAAUACUACUAACUAAUACUCUAGCUUUAUUAUUACUAAUGUAGACAUCUUUCCGUAUUAUGCAUGAUGGAACUUUCAAACGCCCGUAGAACUUCGAAAAAGGAAAAAAUGUCUUUUUCUGUGCGAUUCAAUGCGGAAGAUGAAGAGGUAGAAGGGCUGUAUUCUAAACCUACAUUAUUGCGAUCAACAGGAUCAAUUGAAGAGUAUCCAAGAACACCUGAUCAGUCUUUGGGAAGUACACAAUACUUGGGUCUUUUCGGAUUAAAACGAUCGUCGAGUUCUGAUGCAGAACCAUCUCCUUGCGAUACGACUAUUCGGCGUUUAGAUAGUUUUUUAUCAGAUAUCAAAGAAGGUCUGUGCAAGAGUGAUAACAUUGAUCUUGGAAUGUCAACUAAGAAGUAUGAUGAUUCAGGCCAAGAUGAUGAUUCCGUAUCUUUAAUAUCAGACGAGAUUGAGGAAAUAAGAGAUGAAAAUGAAAAAAUAAGUUCAAGUUUCGUUGACACUAAUUGGUUUAGUAUUCGCCGUAGACGUACCAAUGUCAUUGAAAGAGCUGGAGAAUUCAGUGAUGUUGAAAAGGCAAAAGACGCUCUAGAAGAUUAUAAUACGAAUAUUUUAGAACCCAUAGCUCAUUGCAGUCCAGUGACGGCGCCUCCAAGAAUAAGGGACAAAAUAAAAUACGCAAUGUGGUUUUUAUUUGGAAUAACAGGAUGCUUUUUAAGUUAUAGAUACAUGUCAUUAUACAUUAAUACAUUUUUUCUUGGAGGUUUUAUUGCUUUCAAAUGUAGAUACUUUAUAGAAAUGAUAACUACUGAAAGUUAUAAAAAAAAUCGGUUUUUACUCAAUAAAAACAAAUUUCCGGAUAACGAAGAUACUAUCAUCCAAACUUUAAAAGCAUUAUAUCAUAUGGAUCCACGUUUCAUGUUGUAUAAGGGCUGGAUGAAUCAAUUUUUGUAUGAAUAUCGUCCAGAAACCUAUAGACUUUCACUUACAAUAUCAGUGUAUUCGAGACUAAAAGGAUCGGUCUUAAUUAUGUCUUAUCCUUAUUACAAAGUUCCUAAAAGAUCACUGUAUAAUCAAACAAAACCUAAAUUGGUUUUCAUAAAAGAAUGUAUGUAUGAUUUGUCACGGUGCAAAGUUGGAUUACUGCCAAACAACUUAGUUAAUAAAAGAAAAUGGAGUAAAAAAUAUCCCAUAUGUAUUGAUUUAAAUUCAGAUUCUUUAAUUGGUGUUCGUCGGUCCGUAAAGUCUAAACGAUUUAUUACAGAUUCUGAUGAAUGGUUUCUUAAAGAUUAUACUACUAGAUCAGAGCAAGCUGAAAAAUUGUACAAGGAAAUGUUUGAAGGUGAAGUCAUAGACGUCAAGGACGAUUAUGAUUUAAACGAUGAAAGUUUUUACACUGAAAGUGAAAAAAGAGUUGUAAAAGCGGAAGUUGAUUCUAAAAAAGAACAUAGAAAUUCUGAACCAGAACCUAGUACAUCAAAGGGUCCUGAAAAAUUGGAAAACUUGGAAGAAAAUGAUGUUGACAAUGGAUUGAAAACUGAUUCAGAUAAAAUAUACCUGUUUGCAAGAAACGACCCUGAAAAAGAACUUUGGUAUCACCGUUUAAACCUUGCAGCUUCUAUUAAUAUACCUAAUGAUGAGAUGAGAAAAAAAUUAGAACAACGUUUUAAGUUACACAAAGCUUAUUUGGCUUACAUACAUAGAGCUCACGAGCUUUCCAAUAUACCAAUAAAGAUUGAUAGUUCAAAGAAUAAAACUAAAUUACAUAAUAUUCAACUCAAUGAUAUACCAGGCGAGCAGCUAUAUUUAUGGCUGAAUAUACUUAUCGGUCGUGUGUGCUUUGAUUAUCUACAAAAUCCUAAAGUGCUCGAAAUGGUUGCUGAUAAAUUUCAAAGAAAGUUAAAUGCCAUCAGGUUACCAAAAGUAAUGGACAUGAUAGUUAUUCGAAGCUUGUGCUUUGGCAAAGGAGAAAUUCCGACUGUCCGCCGUGCUUCUAAGCCUUGGAUUGACCAUCGUGGAAUAUGGUUCGAGUUAGAAAUUGUUUACAAUGGAAGUUUUCAAGCAUCCGUCGACACCAAACUGAAUUUAAUGAAAUUAAAGAAAGAAGAAACUCAACAACAAAAAGAAGAAAUGAGGAAGGCUGUUUACGACUCCAAUCAAGAAGAUAGUGGUGAAACGUCUAACGACGAAGGCCAAGUACGAGAAGAUGUUAAUUUUGCUCAACGGCUAUUUGAGCAACAAGCAUUAAAUGAACCUCCGCCUCUUCAAGGAAGUCGUAUCAGUAGAUUUGUUGAGAAUAUGUCGUCUAGUCUUUUUGAACUGAAAUACGUGAAGAGAGUUUUAGAAAAUGUCGCCAAGAAAGAACUCACACUUGUGAUUGACGUAAAACAGUUAAUAGGAACGCUCAUAGUCAAUUUACCACCACCACCAACUGACCGUAUAUGGGUUUCGUUUAGAGGAUGUCCUCAAAUUACUUUUGAAGCAAAACCUAAAGUAAACGAUACAAAUGUGCCACUUAUCGAUUUCUUAACAAAAUGGUUGCACAAUGUAUUAAUUAAAGAAUUUGAGAAAAUUAUAGUUCUACCAAAUAUGACGGAUUUUUCGAUACCAAUGAUGAAUAGUGAAUACUAAUUAAUUAUAAUUUUGCACAAAGAAUUAUUAUUAGUUUUAAGUAAAAUGUAUUUUAUUUUAUAUUAAGAAUUGAUUAUUUGUUACCAUUGAAAGAAAAAAAACAAAUUUUUAUUGGCUGUGAUAAUAUUUUAUGUACGCCAAAUCAUUAUAUGAAUUGUUUUAAUUUUAAAACUUAACGACUUCAGUUAUAACUUAAUAACGAUUUAACAAUGUUUGGCCACUAUCACAGUAUUGUUUAAUAUUUUAAAUACUUUUUUAAAAGUUGUCCUAUUAGUGGGGAAAUUUGCACAUUUGCCAAAUAAACAUUAUAUAAAGCAUAUUAUAUUUAUAUUUAA